UUUGAAUCGCUCUAUCCAUUCCUUUCUUCCAAUUCCAUCCAUCAUCAAAUCCCCCUUUUCCCCCCUCCCUUCUCUCUCUCUCUCUAGGGUUCCAUUUCCCCUUUUUGUUUCUGCAAAAGAGAUGACGACUCCUGGCGUGAGGAACAACUUCUUGCCUCCGGGUUUUGUUUCGAAUCUACAGGAUGUUCUUAAGAAGAAAGGGAAUAAUGAAGAUGAUGAUGAUAAAUCGAAUGAUAAAAAGGAUGAUGAAUCUGCUGCUACCGUACAAUCUUCUUCUUCUUCUCCUGAUGAUUAUGAUCCUUCUAAGCCUGUGAUUUUUGUUACCAAUACCGAUGGGAUCGAUUCGCCUGGUCUUACGUGUCUCGUUGAAGCUCUUGUUGCUCAAGGUCUCUAUAAUGUCAGUGUCUGCGCUCCUCAAGUGGAUAAAUCAUUGACUGGCCACUCGUUUUCAUACCAAGAAUCUAUUGCAGUGAGUACAGCUGAAAUCAAAGGUGCCACUGCGUAUGAGGUUUCUGGUACCCCUGUGGAUUGUGUUUCUUUAGCAUUAUCUGGGGCAUUGUUUGCUUGGUCAAAGCCACUUCUGGUGAUUGUUGGAGUUAACAAGGGUCCAAGCUGUGGGCAUGAUAUGUUUUACUCGAGUGCCGUAGCUGGAGCUAGAGAGGCCUUAUUUAGUGGGGUUGCAUCUUUAUCGCUAUCCCUUAGCUGGAAAAAGGGUGAAAGUCAAGAAAGUCAUUUCAAGGAUGCUGUUUCUGUGUGCUUGCCGGUAAUAAAGGCAGCCAUAAGAGAUUUAGAGAAAGGGAGCUUCCCCAAAAGUUCUUCGUUGCAUAUAACCGUUCCUACAUCCCCUUCAGAGAACAAGGGAUUCAAGUUAACGAAGCAGAGUUUAUGGAGGUCGAAACCAAUUUGGCAAGCUAUUGCAGCCAACAGGAAUCCUGCGGCUUCACGUUUUAUGGCCAAUCAACCAGGCAUGGGUUUGCAGCUUGCACAGCUUGGUCGAGAUGCAUCUGCAGCAGGUGCAGCACGACGGUUAAACUCACAGAAGAAGAGUUUGGAGGUUGUUGAAUCAGUUGGGGUAGCGGGGAAAGCCGACCUUAAUAGGAUAGUGAAGUAUUUCAGGCUAGAGUUGCAAGAUACCAACCAAGAAGACACAGAUGAGAAUCUUGAUUUCAGAGCCCUACAGAACGGAUUCGUCUCGGUUACUCCAAUCUCAGUUUCUUCGGUGAUUGAGCCCGAUAUUGAAACAGCCGCAUCCAAAUGGAUUUCUGAUGCGCUUCAAUCCGAUAACUGAAGUGCAAUAGUCGAGGGCGAUCGAUCUAUGUACAUUUGAGGACGGAAAUCGGGUAUUUUCAGAUUUUAGUAAUUAUUUGAAGAAAUUGACAUCAUUGUUGAGUUUGUGUUGUUGAGGUAGAUUUUCAAGCUUCAUUUUUAUUUAUAUUGGGCAAGAAAAUGCUUCCCCACAAAGAUUGUGUGACAUGUUGUAAAAGAGGACCUUUUUGGCCUUUUGAUUAUUUAUUGAUGGCAAACUUGUCACCAAUUUGGUUUUUAUUUUUUUAUUUUUUAUUUAAAUGUAAUGUUGAUUUGGAAUUGUAACUUUAAAUAGUUUGUUUGUUGUUUAAAAAUUCAUGUAUUUAAUGCUAUAUUUUAAGGUUAUUGAUUCUUUUUUUU